AUGACGAAGACCAACGGACAGCACGCAGCUCGUAAGCUCGUCCGCCUGCGCCGUAAGAACCGCUGGGCAGACAAGGGUUGGAAGAAGUCCCACACAUUUGUGGCACAGAAGGCCAACCCAUUCGGUGGUUCAUCGCAUGCCAAGGGCAUCGUGUUGGAGAAGAUUGGCGUUGGAGCGAAACAACCCAACUCUGCCAUUCGUAAGUGCGUUCGUGUGCAGCUGAUCAAGAAUGACAAGAAGAUCAUCGCUUUCGUUCCCAAUGAUGGUUGCCUGCACUUUAUCGAGGAGAAUGACGAGGUGCUGGUCUCUGGUUUCGGUCGUUCCGGUCACGCCGUUGGUGAUAUUCCCGGGGUGCGAUUUAAGAUCGUGAAGGUCUCCAGUGUCGGGUUGUACGCUUUGUACCGUCAGAAGAAGGAGAAGCCACGUAACUAG